AUGGACGAGAGAGAAAUUCAGGAAAUGGUGAAGGCUGGGCUAUCGCACUCAACCAUAAGUUAUAUACUUCGAAGAAGACAUCCUGGAGUCAAAGGUUUUUCUGAACGAUCCGUUAGACGAUUUUGUCAUGAGCAAAACAUUCAUUAUCGUUCUGCAUUAUCUGACUUUGACAUGAGGAUGGUUGGUCCAGCGUACGGAAGAAAGAUGAUGAAAGGGUAUCUUCAAGCAGGAGGACUUAGAGUUGGUGACAAACGCAUUGGACGCAUUCUAAGACAAGUUGCUCCUGGAUAUCAUGGAAGGAGGCAGCAACUAGCUCAUCGAACAACACACGUUCUUGCCAUAGACGGUUACAGUGGUUUUAUUCUUGGUCUAAUUACUAUGCCAGUCAAGAACAACCUUAUAAUUUAUAAUCAGCUUUUCAGACCUAUACUUCAGCAGUUUGGGUUAUGGGACCAGAUUCGCGUUGACCAUGGGAGAGAGUUCUAUCUUCUUCUGUAUGUGCAGGAACACCUAAGUUAUCUAAGACGAAAUCAAAUGAGAGCACCUCAUGUGCAGUCUAUGUCAAGAGAGAAUCAUCCUGCUGAAAGAAUUUGGGUAGAAGUCAAUCAAAGAGUGAAUUACCCGAUAAAACAAGCUCUCAAUGCUCUAGUAGAGGUGGACCAGCUGAACAUGAAUGACCCUAUUGUUAGAUUUUGUUUGUCCUGGAUAACAAUGAGAGUGUGUCAAGUCGGAAUUGAACGUUGCGUUCUUGCCUGGAAUAAUCAUUUCAUUCCAAGAAAGGGUAUUCCCAGAGACAGAAUUCAGAUGUCCAUGGCUGUCAGACUUCAAGCACAAGACAUCCCAACUGUAGAUGAUGCUGUUCGAUCAUUUGAAGGAGAGGGAGGAGUUCUAAAUAGACUUUCUGAAUUCGGUACGGACCGCAUCAGAUGCGACUAG